CAUGUACAGUGGGGACCAAUAGGCCCCCCGGGUUCACAAAAUCUUCUGCAACAUCUGUACUGUAUCUGCAGGAGGACACGUGUCUGUUGUGCACACAGCGCUCUUCUUUUGAAAUACUUGACCGGAAGUAGCUGUUUGUCUGGACAGACUGCAGUCAGAUAAGUUAGAUGUAGUUUAUGCAGCGGUAUGGAAUAAUUUUACGUUUGUGUUUCAGUCUGGUCCGUACGUCAUUUUCAUUGAACUACUGGCCGUAGUCCAAUUAACAUUCAUGUCGUUAAUCCCGCUCGGUCAGCUAACUCUGUAACGUUUCCGUUAGCUUUGUUGACACGACAGGAAAGAUCACCGCUAACUUAGCACUGAAGUUAACGCUAGCAGCGUCGUUCACAUAACGGACUACCCAGUCAGCUAACGCCUGCUACCUACACCUAGGCCAGGAGCCACUCAUUAAAGACUGACAAUUUAAUUUAGUUUUUGUCAUAACGGGAGCCUUUUAAUAGUUGGCGUUUUGGUAAUCUUACCCGCUAUAUAGCCACUAUAACUGUUAGCAACAUUUUAGUGCGGCUAGCUGAGCUGAGUUACGGUUCAGAGGAAGGUAAGGAAAUCGCUACGUCGUGGUCAAAACGGGCUUAGUGUUUGCUUUUAAAAGUUGACAUUUCCACUUCUGAUGAAGUAGCUGGAGGAUAAGAAAGGUGCUAUGGUGUCUGCGAUACCGCUGGUCAGUAAACCACACCUUUAACGGGGAGUGACACAUAACAGUUCCCAUUUUGUCGCUUCUUACUCGCCAACACACACAGCGCACCUGCCAAGUUGAAGACCUGACAGUGAGACACCCAAUCCAGCAUGAAGGCCCUCGGAUCCAGAUUCUCCUUCUAUGCAGGUUUUGUGGUGGGAACCUUUACACUGUACGUGUUUCUGCGGCAGCUGUGGUUUGAGAGGACCUUGACAGCUCAGCAGCCCAGCAGCUUGAACAAACUUCAUGACCACCAGCAACAGCUUGAGGAAGAGAGGAAGAUAUGGAAGAAAGAAAGGUCUGCUCUUUUCAACCUGAAGCACCCUCAUCAUACAGGUGAGGAUAGUCGCAUGGCUGAUGAACUAUACAAAAAGGUGCGCAUUCUUUGCUGGGUGAUGACUGGACCCAGCAACCUGGAGAAGAAGGCUCGGCAUGUGAAGUCCACAUGGAGUCGUCACUGCAAUGUUGUGGUCUUCAUGAGCUCUGUGGAGGACCCCGACUUCCCCACUGUGGGAUUGGGUACAAAGGAAGGUCGGGAUCAGCUGUACUGGAAAACAAUCCGAGCGUUUCAUUAUGCCUACGAGCAUCAUAGCCACGAGGCAGAUUGGUUCCUCAAGGCAGAUGACGACACCUACGUAAUCGUAGACAACUUGCGGUGGGUUCUUGCAAACCACACGCCAGACGAGCCGAUUUACUUUGGCCGAAGAUUCAAGCCCUACACCAAGCAGGGCUAUAUGAGUGGUGGAGCGGGUUAUGUGCUGAGCAAAGAGGCUCUGCGGCGAUUUGUGGAAGGUUUUAAAAGCAAACAGUGCACUCACACUACCUCUGUAGAGGACCUGGCAAUGGGACAGUGCAUGGAGAAAGUUGGGGUGCUGGCUGGAGACUCCAGAGACACUGCGCACAGGGAGACAUUUCACCCCUUUGUCCCUGAGCAACACCUCACUGCCAAGUUCCCCAAGAGCUUCUGGUACUGGAGCUACUGCUACUACCCCAUCUCAGAGGGUCCAAACUGCUGCUCAGACGUGUCGGUGUCUUUCCACUAUGUAGAUGCUUCACACAUGUAUUUAUUGGAGUACUACACAUAUCACCUGCGUGCCUUUGGCUACAGAUACCGUUACCAGCCCCCUGCCCCACUAGGCUAUAAUACUGAGCAGUCAGGGUCCUGGGACACUGCAGAAGGACAAGAAGAACUUGCUUCUCAAGUGAAAGGAAGAGGAGAGGGUGAUGAUCUGUCCAGGACUGAGAAGAAACAGGAUUCAGAUCCACCUCCUGCAGCUGGCAAAGAUCCUCCUGUUGCGUCAGUGGACAAAUAACCGUGCGACUGAGUAGGUGUGUGAAGGGGACUGUUAUUUCAAAGAGGUGUGAUGUGUGUUUUUAAUGUUUGCUUAUUCAUUCUGAUUAUCUUGGCUCAUAUUUCUACAAGAGCAGAAGAAAGUCCACUUUGAUCUGAGGUUUGCCCACAUAGAUGUGCAUUGCCUGAGGAUUCUUGAGCUGUAGGACUGCUACUAGUGUAAACUGUAACUGAAAGACUGGUUUUGAUUAAUCAACUAUUUGUUUGGUUUAUAAUAUGUCAGAAAAUAGUGAAAAAUACCUGUUAAGAUAUCCUGAAGCCCAAGGUGACGUCUUCAAAUGACUAAUUUGUCUGACGGACAGUCAAAAACCCCAAAAUGAUCUGUUUAUUGUCAGGAGGGACAAAAUAACAGCAAAUCCUCAAAGGGAGGACCUGAACCACAGUUGUGUUUGGCAUUUUUGGUAGAAAAGAAAGACUUGAACGAUUAAUGGAUUAUUGAAAUAAUUGCUCAUUAAUUUUCUGUUGAGUGACUAAUUGAUUAAUAAACAUUUCAGCUCUAUUGAUUAUUAUUAAUGACAUUCUGUAAGUGAAGGCCGUUUUCUGUUAGUCAAUGUGAAAAUGCAGCAAAAGUAUUUUGUCGCAAAAAUGAUUUGAAAAAUUUCUGAUCUCUACAUUCAGCUAAAUAAAAGUUUUGUCAGCCAUGAUCUUGCAGCUCUAAUCAAGUGCCAGUUAAUAGAAUAAGUUAAAUACAUCUUACCGAUAUCCUUCCCAAAACUUUUAACAUUUAAAAACACAACUAAGAUACAAAGUUAUUUUCAUAGGAAAUCCUUGUUUGGAUGCAUCUAUAUUUCUCUACAGCUAAUUGAGCUACAUUGAUGAGACCACGAUGCUUUGAAUGGAAAGUCCAGGUGACGAAAUUUAUACAUUCCAGCCAAAGAUUUCCCUGUGGGAUAAGAUCAGACUGAGGACAGACAAACCAGUAUUUGUGAACUUGGAGAUUGUCGAUUUAGUUUAAUUUUUUAUGACGUGUGUGUUCAGUCACACUCUUAUGUGUUCUGUCAUCCAUCCUUGGUGGCCAGACGCACCUUCAUCUGAACGAGGAAGUAGUCCCUUUUCGCACGUCUUUUUUUGGAAUGAAACAUGAAACUCGAAACCAAACCAGACAUGGCACAUCGUUUUCUAUUUGUUCUUCCAGAAACUGGCCUUUGAUACACACACUUCACAGUUCCCUGCAUCUUCCCCCAGUGGACUCAUUAGCUUGUGCCUUGUAAAUUGAGAUUGUAUGAGCCAACAGCUGCACACAUGACUUUGCACUGUGACAUUACCAUGAUGAGAGUGAUGCUUUCAGAUGGAGUAUAAUUUAAUUGAAUCCCUCCAAUGUAAUGAGUGUGGCCUUUGGGCAAGCCAGCUGAUGACUUGUUCAUGACAGCUUUUCUUUCUUUUCUUUUUUGAAUAGGCAAGAUUUUUUUCUUUUAUACAAUUGUAGUUUCAAAAAUAUUGUGUAUUUUCUAAAUCCUGGGCAGGCCAGACAUUUUCUGUUGUAGUUAGCACAUUGUGUAUAUUUAAAAUGAUCCAUAACAAUUUCUUCACUACUUUGUAACCAAACAAAGUUUGGAGAGCUAAUGUUAUGGGAGAUACAGUAAUUACCAAAUACAGAAAAUGGUUUCAGGAAUCAAAACGAACAAAUUUGUCAUUUAAGUUAAAAUUGAAUGCACUUUUCAGUGUUAUUAUUGCCAUUUUUUUUCUUUUUAACCACUUAAACCUUUUAUUCUCCUUCAUUGUUAAAGAUGUAUGAGGUGACUAAUGCCUAUGAAAAUGCCUUUUUGUAAGUGUUUAUACUUGGUUUCCUUCUGUACAUGAUCACAGAGCAUGUUCAGUUUUGUGUUUUGUGUUUGAAAUGGAAAAAGUCCAGUUUAAACCAAAUCAGCAUGUUUUACUUAAGUUUCUGUUGAAAUUAAUGCACAUCUUCCUUUUCAAGUGAAAUAACAGCCUUUGGACAUUUUAGUAGCAAAACACUUGACUGAUAUCGCUGCGUUACCAUCAGUGGAUCUAAUUUCUGCUGGCCCAAACCCCUUGUUGAUCUGAACUGCCACGUCUGUUCCUGAUGGCGGUGAUACAAAACAUUCAGUCCUCAACAAUCUUCUCCAACAUUCAAAUUUUAUUAAAGAGAAAGGUGUACAGUAUUGUAUUUAUAUUUCAAAUGUAUUUAUGUUGGUAUUGACAUAUGAAUUGAGUCAAUACUGUUUAAUGUGUAAAUGAGUUUGCGUGAGUGUGUGAGCACAUGUGAUCAGUGUGCAGGAUUGUUUUCUGUGAACGGUACUUUAAUCACUAUAAAUAAAUGCAUAUUUUAUUGUA